AAAGAAAACAUUCGUGGGAUAAGUAAAUACUAUAUCAAUCAACGGUCUGACUUCCGGGUACAGUAGCAGAACUGAUAAGGCAAAAGGGCAUGGCCUCGUCUUCCACUUCGCCUGCAAUACCUUCCUCUCUCUGCAACAACAACUCCCGUCUGCUCUCUCGCUCUAUCUUCUUCGCGCGCCAUUUAGGUCUGCAACCUCUCAAUGCCAAAAGGAAAUUGCUCUCUUCCGCUUCCAAGAAAAAGACCGUCACCGCCAUUUUUGCCAAACACGCCGACAAGACCGCGUUGCAGUACAGGAAGGUCGGGGACUCCGACCUUGAAAUCAGUGAAAUCACUCUCGGAACUAUGACAUUUGGGGAACAAAACACAGAAAAAGAGGCUCAUGAAAUGCUUAAUUAUGCGUUUGAGCGUGGGAUUAACGCUUUAGAUACUGCUGAGGCUUAUCCAAUUCCAAUGAAAAAAGAGACGCAAGGAAGAACAGAUCUGUAUAUCGGAAGCUGGCUGAAGUCUCAACCCCGCGAUAAGGUUAUUUUGGCUACAAAAGUAUGUGGUUAUUCAGAGCGUUCAAGUUACUUGCGUGACAAUGCAAAAGUUUUGAGGGUUGAUGCUGCUAAUAUUAAAGAAAGUGUAGAAAAGAGCCUUAAGCGUCUCAACACUGAUUACAUUGAUCUAUUGCAGAUACAUUGGCCAGACCGCUAUGUGGCAUUGUUUGGCGAAUUUUCUUAUGACCCAUCAAAAUGGAGGCCUAGUGUGCCAUUCGUAGAGCAGCUCAGGGCAUUGCAGCAACUUAUUGAUGAAGGGAAGGUACGCAAUAUCGGUGUUUCCAAUGAAACUUCAUAUGGGGUGAUGGAGUUUGUUCACACUGCAAAAGUCGAAGGACUACCAAAGAUCGUCAGCAUCCAAAAUAACUACAGUCUGCUAGUUAGAUGUAAGUUUGAAGUUGACCUUGUUGAAGUGUGCCAUCCGAACAAUUGCAAUAUUGGCUUACUUGCAUAUUCCCCAUUGGGUGGUGGAUCAUUGUCGGGAAAGUAUAUAGACAUAGAUUCUGAAGCUGCAAAAAAAGGGAGGCUCAACCUUUUCCCUGGCUACAUGGAAAGAUAUAACAGAUCUAUAGCCAAGGAAGCAACAAUACAAUAUAUUGAAUUGGCUCGGAAACACGGACUGACUCUGGUUCAGUUAGCGCUUGGAUUUGCCCGUGACCGUCCAUUUAUGACAAGUUCAAUUAUUGGUGCAACUUCUGUCAACCAAUUAAAAGAAGACAUCGACGCUUUUGUAGCGACUGAGCGGCCAUUACCACCCGAAGUGAUGGAAGAUAUUGAGAAUGUUUUCAAGAGAUACAAGGAUCCAGCAAUUCUCUAGGAAUUAAUUCCUAGAUGAUGUGCAUGUAUUUCAUUUUUUUGAUCUGUAUAUUAUAAAUAAUUAUGUCAAUGUGAAUUUUGUAUCCUCUUACACAAAGGAUGUUUAAUUAAGUUCACAUUAUCGCUGUUAGGAAAAUUGGUGCAAAUGGUUCAAUCGGUUUGGAUCUUGUUGAAUUUUCUUUCAUUAUUUAGAUUUAUAUAGAGUAUGUUAAUAUU